UGUGCCCAAAGUUGUGGUAAAAAUACGCACUCACCAGAUGCGUAUUUUAAAUACGCAUGUAAUAUGUAUAGCUGGAGGUCCCCUUUAAGGAUGGAUGAGGUAAGCCGGGUACAGAUUCUCCUCCCUCUGGAUGGUGUACAGCCCAGCGGAUGUCUCUUGGAUAUACAAGGAUCUAUUCCUGCCAGAGAUGGAAACUCCCUCUUCUGGGUCCUGUGGGAUAUUGCAGCUAACUUCAAGGGUGGGCUCUGCAAAUUAAUUAGC